GGCUCUGGCACUCCUAACUUGAAUUGCUUCCCUAAGGUAGGCAGUGCGCUUUCACGCUCUCUUUCCUGCUGUCUAUCUCUUCAUAAGAAGGGGAGGGCUUUACCUGCUUUCAAUCAAUAACCAGAGGAAUUCACCAGAACAAGUUGGUUGAGUGUGCAGCUGCUGGCUUUACAGCCCCACCGAUUGCAAGGUGUUUGGACGCAUCUUGUUUGUGUGAACAUAUCCGUGCAUGUGUGAGGUGAACAUGGCUGAGCCGGUGUCCCCAGAUUACUUCAGCUGCCACCUGUGCGCGAGUCUCCUGAGAGACCCAGUGGCCAUCCCCUGUGGCCACAGCUUCUGUAUGGACUGCAUUAGUGGCUACUGGAAUGAGGCUGACUACACUGGGAUUUACAUCUGUCCUCAGUGCAGGAUCACUUUCACACAGAGACCUGUGCUCAGACCCAAUGCAACCCUCUCGAAAGUGGCUGAGAAGAUCAAGAAGACUGGCCUGAACCUCAACAUGAUGCCUCCAACCAAUGGGAGUUUUGCUGGACCGACGGACGUGGCUUGUGACUUCUGCUCGGGAAAGAAACUCAAAGCCGUCAAGUCCUGCCUCAACUGCUUGGCCUCGUACUGUGAGAAACACCUGCAGCCCCACUACGAGUCUGCUACUUUCAAGAGACACAAACUGGUGGAUGAGCUUGGGAACCUGGACAGGAAGAUCUGCCCGCAGCACCAGAAGAGUUUGGAGCUCUUUUGUCGUACUGAUCAGAUGUGUAUCUGUGCUAUCUGCACCGUCAGCGAGCACAAGGGUCAUGAUAUUGUGUCAGCAGAGGCAGAGAGAAGUGAGAAGCAGAAACUUCUUGGAGUGUCCCAAGCUGAGAUCAAACAAAAAUGUCAGCAGAGGACCAAAGAGCUGGAGGAACUGAAGACGGCUGUUGACUCGCUGAAGAGCUCGGCUCAAAGGGCCAUGGCAGAGAGCAAGAAGAUGUUCGAUGAGAUGAUCACUUCCAUCGAGAGGAUGAGGUCGGAGGUCACCAAGCUGAUCAAUAUCAACGAGAGAGCUGCAUUUAGCCAGGCUGAAGGACUGAUGGAGCGCUUGGAGCAGGAGAUUGAUGAACUGAAGAAGAAGGAGACUGGCUUAAAGCAGCUCUACAGUACAGAGGACCACAUCCAUUUCUUACAGAAUUUCAACUAUCUCUGCACACCAACUGAUGAUGGCUUCAUUCCAAAAGUGUCUUUAAACCCAGACUUUUCAUUCAGCGCCGCCAGGAAAGCUGUCGCAGAGAUUAAAGAAAAACUUGAAGAACUGGGUAGAGAGGAACUGAUGAAGGUCUCAAAAUCAGUGAAUGAAGUACCUGUUUACACACUCGUGAACCGCAGUGUCCGAGAGAAAAGCAGCCGAGUCAAAGAAAUCCAAACUGUGGACAGUGCUCCUCCUCCUUCACACCCCAGGAGCCGGUCUGAGUUCUUAAAAUACUUCUGUCAGCUCCGUCUAGAUUCCAACACAGCCUAUAAAGAGCUCUAUCUGUCAGAAGGCAACAAGAAGGUGACUCGAACCCGCAACCUGCAGCCCUACUCUGAUACUCCAGAGCGGUUUGACACCUUUGCUCAGGUGCUGUGCCGCGAGGCUCUAUCUGGUGGCCGCUACUACUGGGAGAUCGAGUGGAACGGUGAAUUCUCUGUUGGAGUGGCCUACCGGGGCAUAAGCCGUAAAGGCAAGGGUCCCCUUUGCCUGCUAGGGUACAACGAUAAAUCCUGGAGUCUCCUCUGCUCUGACACGGGCUAUUCUGCCUGGCAUAACCGGGUGGACAAACCCAUCAGCGCACCACAUUCUCCAAGGAUAGGCGUCUACCUAGACCACACUGCAGGGGUACUGGCCUUCUACAGCAUCGCCGAGACCAUGACUUGCCUCCAUCGCUUUGAGACCAACUUUACCGAACCUCUAUAUCCUGGGUUUGGAGUUGGAACAUCGGUUAAAAUCUGCCAGCUAAAAUGAAGAAUUUAAUGACUUUUUAAAAAGAAAUUUCAGAGAAUAUGUUUUUUUUUACACCAUUGUGUUUUAUAUUUUUCCAGUUAUCACUAAAACCACUGCAUUUUACUUAAAAAAUAACAAAAAAGAAAAAAGAAAUUAAUUUGCGAAUUGCAGCAUUUCAUUUAUACCUAUCCCCCAAAUAACAAAAAAAUAUUUUUGUAUUUUUUAAUUAUUAUCAUUUUAAAUACUAAGCCGUAUAUUUAUCCAAGCAUCAAUUGCCAUUGUUCAUUUUGCGAUAACAGCUUGUUUUUUUUAUUACAAAUUACUUCUUGAUUUUCCAAUUAAUUUUUUAACAGAUAAAUGUGUGUUUGUAUCUUAUAUCCAAGUGCUAUUAUUAAAGUGAUGUGCUAUAACA